AUGGUUAAUACAUAUAACGGGCAUGGCCAUUACACUCGGCCACAAUGGACGACAGAGAGGCCCACUGGGGAGCACAUGCCAGAUAAUGGUCGUUACUACGAUACUGGAAUCAGAACCCCGCCACCUACAAUUGGCGAUGUCUUGCGUGACCAGUGCAAGAUAAACCAUCAGAGCUUCUUCCUUGCCGUUCUUACCGAAGAUGGUCGCACGGUCUAUUUCACGGGCCCGAAUAAGCUGCCAGAGGGUGAAAUCCAGAGAUACUUUGACAUGGAGCGGUUUAUCCGCUACCAAAAACGUGCUGCUGAGAGCGGUCUCGCUGGGGCCUAUGAUGAGAUGUCUUUUGGGCCAGAGUAUGGGCGUCGCGGAAGUGACCGCCGUCUCGAGGCACCCGAACAGUUCUACGAUCAUGCACCACCAACAUACCGGACCCGAAAGCGCCAGAGGGCUAACGUUCCCAGACGUGUUCGCGAUGAUGACGAGCCAGCGGUGACUGUCUCCGCAAAGAAGGGGAUACGAAUCAAUAAUGCGCAGGAGGUUGGGGACUUCUACGACCAGCGCUUCAAAAAGAUACAACAGAACACUUGCAAGCUGAUUGCCAAAGCGUGGAUCAAGGCGAUUGCACCCAAGAAGCAGUCUACACAUCCCUACACAGGAACCAAAAUCCCCGACUGGUGGCCAAAGCCUCUGGGCCCGAGCAAGGAUGAGGGCAUGAGGCACAAGGAGCCGGACCACCUGUUCAAGCCAGAGCGCCUCCGUUUGUUAUGCCACCUGUUGAGACUCAUUGUCGAGCCAAACUCUCAGCAGCAUCCGAGCAUCCGCGCACAAGAGCUCACUGUGGCCAAAUUGGAGGAGCUGACAAUGGAGGCAAUGGGAGGCUUCUUCAACGACAGGGCCAAUCCUAAUCAGGCGAAAAAGAAACCCUUCCUAAAGGAGAUCUUCAAGGUCGCUAAGGUUGAGGAGCAGUACAAAAGGGGUGAAAUCGAUGGUGAUACGGUCGUAUAUGUCAUGGCCGACAACAGCCAAACAGACUUUCCAUCCGACGAUGAGGACGACGCGUGUAGAGAGGAGGAUGACGAGCAUCAUCUUUCGGUAAUGCCAUCCCGACUCUCGCCUCCCAAGACAACGAUGCCUCACGCGCUCAUGCCUAUUCCGACUACUGACCACAGCCCAACUACCAACAUUCAACCAGGCUUCGUUAGCGAGAUGCCGAUUAGAAAUCAGUAUUCGACUACUCUGAUGCCGCCAGAUCUCACGCCUGACCAGCACUAUGUGGAGAAUGGGGGGAUAUCUGUGGGAGGUCAAGCAUCUCUGCAGCAGCACGGAGCGCCCGUUCAGAUGCAGGAAAUGAUACCGAGUCCUCACGAAACAAGCCGUCGACCACCCUUGUUCAGUCCCGCGUCCGACUACGCAAGCACUACUGCCUCCGGACUGUAUCCCGGUGCUUGGCAGCAGACUACAACGGCUCCUGGUAGCGCGGCCAUGUAUUCCUUUGGUACUCCAAGUCAACAGCCCCAGCAGCCGCCGCAUCCGCCGCUCCCUCAUCCUCAGGGAACCUUUGUUUCGCAUCAGGGGGUACAAAUAGGUCAAAACCAGCCACCGUACAUGGGCUCAUCUUUCGACACACUCCCUCAUACAAGUAACGGUCUUUUCCGUGGCCCCAACGUCGGUCAAGGCUCCGUGUCUCAUGGGCAAAGUUAUCCGAGCUACAUGCAGCAUGAUUCCAGAGGCCUGCCGGGUGACAUGAAGAUGGAUCCUUCAAAUCGCGGGUUACCGCCGCACUGA